CCGCCAAGUUGAAUUCCCGCCUGGGACACCGGCUCCCGCAGUCACGUGCCGGGUCGGGGGGGUGUCACGUGACGCCGCGGCCGGCAAUGGCGGCGCCCGCGCUGGGUCGGACCGUCCCCGCCGCCCUCGGGCCGCUGUGGGGCUGCCGCGCCCGGUGCAGCGCCGCCGCCGCCGAGCAGGCCCGGCUGCGAGCCCGCCGCCACAAGGAGGAGCGGCAGCGGCGGAGGAGGGAGAAGGAGGAGGCGGCGGGGGAAGAGGGGGCGCGGCCGCAGGUGCCCACGGCCCCCCCCAAGGGGUGGAUCCCCAAAAGCGAAGUGGAGUACCAACAACCGCUGGAGCCCGACGGCAAAAAGGCCACGGGGGGGCCACUGCCCCCCACCUACAGCCCCCGGUACGUGGAGGCAGCGUGGUACGAGUGGUGGGAGAAGGGGGGGCUCUUCACCCCCCCCAGCACGGAUGCCGGGGGGGGCCGUGUCCUCAGCCUGGUGCUGCCCCCCCCCAACGUCACGGGGUCCCUUCACCUCGGCCACGCGCUGACCGUCACCCUGCAGGACGUCCUGGUGCGCUGGCGGCGAGCGCAGGGCUGGACUGUGCUGUGGGUUCCGGGGACCGACCACGCCGGCAUCGCCACCCAGGCGGUGGUGGAGCGUUGGCUGUGGCACCAGCGCGGUUUACGCCGUCAGGAUCUGACCCGCUCCGAGUUCCUGGAUGAAGUUUGGGCCUGGAAACAACGCCACGGGGACGAGAUCCUGCGGCAGCUCCGGGCCUUGGGGGCGUCGCUGGAUUGGAGCCGUUGUGCCUUCACAAUGGACCCCGCGUUCUCGAGGGCGGUGACGGAGGCUUUCGUGCGGUUACACCGCGACGGUUUGAUCCACCGCGACCGCCGUCUCGUCUCCUGGUCCUGCGCUCUGCGCUCCGCCGUGGCCGACGUGGAGGUGGAGUCCCGCGCCCUGAGUGGCCCCACGAGGCUGCGCGUCCCCGGUUGUCCCCAACCUGUCACCUUCGGCGUCCUCGUCACCUUUGCCUACCCCGUGGAGGGGGAGGACGGGCUGGAGCUGCCGGUGGCCACCACGCGCCCCGAGACGCUGUUGGGGGACGUGGCCGUGGCCGUACACCCCGAGGACCCCCGGUACCGGCACCUCCAUGGCCGCCGCGUCCGUCACCCCUUCACCGAACGCCUUCUCCCCAUCAUCACCGACCCCAGCGUGGAGCCGACCCGCGGCACCGGGGCGGUGAAGGUGACGCCGGGGCACAGUGUCCCCGAUCUGGCGCUGGCGCGCGCCCACGCGCUGUCCCCGCUCUGCGUCAUCGCCGACGAUGGCACUCUCUGUCCCCCGGGGGGGGGGUGGCUCCAGGGCGUUCACCGCUUCGUGGCGCGGGAUCGGGUGGUGGCGGCGUUGGCCGAGCGCCGUCUCCUGCGCGGUACGCAGGACCACGCCAUGACCCUGCCCGUCUGCAGCCGCUCUGGGGACGUCAUUGAGUAUCUGCUGAAGGAUCAGUGGUUCCUGCGGUGCCGCGAGAUGGGACAGCGCUGCCGAGAGGCGGUGACUUUGGGGCGACUCAAACUGAUCCCCAAAUUCCAUGAGAAGAACUGGAAGAGUUGGAUGGACAAAGUGGGGGACUGGUGCCUGUCUCGGCAGCUGUGGUGGGGGCACCGGAUUCCGGCGUACAAAGUUGGGGUCCCCCCCCCGGGGUCCCCCCAAACCGAAGAGCUGUGGGUGGUGGGACGCGACGAGGAUGAAGCGCGGAAGGAGGCGGCGGAAAUCCUGGGGUGCCCCCCCCAAGAAAUCCAACUGCACCAAGACCCCGACGUCCUGGACACGUGGUUCUCGUCGUCCCUCUUCCCCUUCGCCGCUCUGGGUUGGCCCCAAGAGACCCCCGAUUUCCGCCGUUUCUACCCCACCAGCGUCCUGGAGACGGGCAGUGACCUUCUCUUCUUCUGGGUCGCCCGGAUGGUCAUGUUGGGCCAAGAGCUCACGGGUCGUCUGCCGUUCAACCAGGUCCUCCUCCACUCUCUGGUCCGCGACGCUCAGGGCCGUAAGAUGAGCAAAUCCCUCGGGAACGUCAUCGACCCCCGAGACGUCAUCGCUGGGGCCACUCUGCAGGAGCUGCAGGAGAAGCUCCAGCAGAAGAUCCUGGACCCCCACGAGCUGAAGGUGGCCGCGGAGGGCCAGAGGCGGCAGUUCCCUCACGGCCUCCCCGAGUGCGGCACCGACGCUCUGCGCAUGGCGCUCUGCUCCCACAACGUCCACGGUGACGACGUCCGCUUGGACAUCUCCACGGUCCUCAGCUACCGCCGCUUCUGCAACAAAGUCUGGAACGCCGUCAAGUUCGUCCUGGCCGCCGUCGGGCCCGACUUUGUCCCUCAACCUUCUGAGGAGACGGUUCCGGAUCACCCUCUGGACCGUUGGCUGUUGAGCGCGGUGACGCGGGCGGUGGAGGAGUGCGGCCGCCGCCUGGACGCGCUGGAGGCUCACGCCGCGCUGGCCGCCGUCCAUCACUUCUGGCUCCGCACCUUCUGCGACGUCUACCUGGAGACGGCCAAGGGCCGCGCGGGCUCGAUGGCGGCGGCGCGGACGCUGGUGGCGGCGGCUGAUCUGGGGCUGCGGCUGUUGGCGCCGUUCGCGCCGUUCCUGGCGGAGGAGCUGUGGCAGCGGCUGCCCCGUCCCGCGUCCGUCAGUCCGUCCGUCGGCCGCGCCCCCUUCCCCGACGCCCGAGCGCUGGCGCGGUGGCGCUGCCCCGAGGCCGAGGAGGCCGUGGCGGCCAUGAUGGAGGCUGUGAGGGCGGCACGAGGCCUCAAGGAGCUCUUCGGGAUCGGUUCGGCGCGGCCGCCAGUGGUUGUUUGCUGCCCCCCCGCGGCGGUGCCGUUGCUGCGGGCGUUGGGGCCGUCGCUGCAGGCGUUGGCGCAGACGGAGCCGCCGCGGCUCUUGGCCCCCGGAACCCCCCCGGCUCCCGGCUGGGUGGCUGCUCCCGCCGGCGCCUGCGGACACCUCCACCUGCGCCUCCGCGGUGUGGUGGAGCCGUCGAGCGCUCGGAGGCGCCUCUGCGCCCGAUCCCAUCGCCUUCGGCAGCGCCUCCAGAGCCCCCGCGGGGGGGGACCCCCCCACCAGGUUGGCGCUCUCCGCGCUGAGCUGAGCCGCGUGGAGCAGGCCCUGCGCACCCUGGAGCAGCCCGGCUUCUGGGGGCACCCCGAGGGGGACCCCAACAUCCGGGGGGACCCCGAGCUCAAUAAACCCCCCCGGGAGCUCUACCGACUCUUCCCGCCUCGUUCUGUCCCCUCGGGGACGUGUCACGAGCUGCUCGGUCUCAGCUCGGGGAUGAGGAGGGGACACCUCAGCUCCUCCUCCUCCUCCUCCUCUUCGCUCUGGAUCUGGUUCAGAGGUCCCCGGAUGCCACCGGGAGCUGCCGGCAUCGACCGGAACCCCUGGAGACCCCCAGGACCUCCUCACCACCUCCAGAACCUUCUCAUCACCAUCACCAGGACCUUCUCACCACCUCCAGAACCUUCUCACCACCCCCAGAACCUUCUCACCACCAUCACCAGGACCUUCUCACCACCCCCAGAACCUUCUCACCACCUCCAGAACCUUCUCACCACCAUCACCAGGACCUUCUCACCACCCCCAGAACCUUCUCACCACCCCCAGAACCUUCUCACCACCAUCACCAGGACCUUCUCACCACCCCCAGAACCUUCUCACCACCAUCACCAGGACCUUCUCACCACCUCCAGAACCUUCUCACCACCCCCAGGACCUUCUCACCACCAUCACCAGAACCUCCUCAUCAGCCUCAGGACCUUCUCCCCAUCACCAGGACCUUCUCCCCACCCCCAGGAC